GGUGUAGUCAGCAUGGAGGAUCGGCUGGAGAUAGUGUGCGGGUGUUAUGAGCAGAUAUUGUUCGGUUAUCAAGUCCAGCCAGAAGCAGAGCAAUGGACGGCCACUGCUGACUUCACAAACCAUGCUCACACUGCUUCCCUAUCUGUGGUUGCUGUGAAUAAAAGAUUUGUUGCCUCUGGAAGCAAAGAUGAAACCAUUCAAAUUUAUGAUAUGAAAAAAAAGGUGGAACACGGAGCUUUGUUACAUCACAAUGGCACGGUUACAUGUUUGGAGUUCUAUGGCAAUACACAUCUGUUAAGUGGAGCUGAAGAUGGAUUGAUCUGUGUGUGGAAUACUAAGAAGUGGGAGUGUCAACAGACUUUCAAAGCACACAAAGGUCAAGUCCUGUCUCUUUCAAUCCAUCCUUCGGGGAAAUUAGCCUUAUCCGUGGGGACAGACAAGACUUUAAGGACCUGGAACCUUGUUGAAGGUCGAUCUGCAUUUAUAAAAAAUAUAAAGCAAAAUGCACAUAUAGUUCAGUGGUCUCCCAAUGGAGAAAAAUAUAUAGUAGUUGUACAGAACAAAAUGGAUGUGUACAAACUUGAAACCGCUUCAGUUAUCGGCACAAUCGACAAUCCCAGCAGGAUCUCUUCUGUGCGUUUUAUUACAGAUGUUUUGCUGGCUGUAGCAGGAGAUGAGGAACUUAUUAGAAUUUAUGAUGUGGAAUCUCAGAAGUGUCUGUGUGAAUUUAAAGCCCAUGAGACAAGAGUAAAGAGUCUGUAUUCUUUUGAACAUGAAGACACCCAUGUGCUUGCAUCUUCUUCAAGUGAUGGCUAUGUUAAACUGUGGAAGCUAAAUUUACAUAAGUUAAAAUCUGCACCAAUGUUACUUUGUGAAGUUAGUACAUCAGCCAGACUGACCUGCCUUUCUGUAUGGCUUCCAGAACUUGUCGAUAAUAAAGAAAAACCAAGCACACAUACCGCUGCUGAGAAGGAUGAAUGUCCCAAAAAGAGAAGGAAAGUCCCUGAGGACAAAGAUGAAAACGAUGACGCAGAAGAAGCAGGAAAAGUACAGAUAAACAAAAAGAGAAAACGUACGGAUAAACAAAAAAAACAAAAUACGGACUGA